AUGCAAUUUGAUGGCUGUAGUGUGGGAAAAUCACAAAGCAAACUGAACAUGCCUUAUGCAAACGAUAGGGCAUCGCCUUUCGAUGUCGUUUCGCUAGUGUACAGAAAGAUGUCGUCGUCCCGAUGGUAUUCGCGAAUGUUCUCCCGAAAACCCGCUUCUAGCACCAAACAAUCUGGAUCAGUUAUGACCGAGGAAGAAUCGGCGUCAACGCGAAACAAUGUGGAGGAGGUGCAUGGUCAGUUGUUCGAAGUCGGACCUCGCUACGUGAACCUCUCCUAUAUUGGUGAAGGAGCGUACGGCAUGGUUGCUUCUGCUUUGGAUACUGUCACACGUGAAAGAGUAGCAAUUAAGAAAAUAUCACCGUUUGAGCAUCAGACAUUCUGUCAGCGAACACUGCGGGAGAUCAAGAUUCUGACACGGUUCAAACAUGAGAAUAUAAUCAACAUACAAGAAAUUAUUCGUUCUGAAUCAGUGGAACAAAUGAAAGACAUUUACAUCGUGCAGUGCUUAAUGGAAACUGAUUUGUACAAGCUGCUUAAAACACAGAAACUGUCGAACGAUCAUGUAUGCUACUUCUUAUAUCAGAUUCUCCGUGGUCUCAAAUACAUCCAUUCUGCAAAUGUUCUGCAUCGUGAUUUGAAGCCCUCAAACUUGUUGCUCAACACCACCUGUGAUCUCAAGAUCUGUGACUUUGGAUUAGCGCGGGUGACAGAUCCCCAAACUGAUCAUACCGGUUUUCUAACCGAAUACGUCGCAACCCGGUGGUAUCGCGCACCGGAAAUCAUGCUGAAUUCUAAAGGUUAUACAAAAUCCAUAGAUGUUUGGUCCGUUGGCUGUAUUCUGGCUGAAAUGUUAAGCAACCGCCCGCUAUUCCCUGGCAAGCACUACCUCGAUCAGUUGAACCUCAUUCUUGCAGUGGUGGGAUCACCAUCGCAGGAAGAUCUGCAAUGUAUUAUCAAUGACAAGGCUCGUUCCUAUCUAAUCUCGUUACCUCACAAGCCCAAACAACCUUGGUCUCGUCUCUAUCCUGGAGCUGAUCCGCGUGCACUGGACCUUCUCGAAAAGAUGUUGACUUUUAACCCUAACAACAGGAUCAACAUUGAGCAAGCCCUAGCUCAUCCGUACCUGGAGCAGUACUAUGAUCCUAAUGACGAGCCCGUGUGCGAAGAGCCGUUCACCUACGAGAUGGAGCUCGACGACUUGCCAAAGGAGAAGCUGAAAGAGCUGAUCUGGCAAGAGGCUGAGCUGCAUCAUACGCGGAUGCAAGAGGAGGCCGCUAGAGCUGCUGUACAGUAA